AUGGGAUGUAACGAUGCAAUAAAUCAAUUUUUUCAAAAACUUAAAGACGAAAUAGGAGUUCCUCCAGCUCCUUAUUUAGUGGCAGAUACAUUAACGGCAACAUCAUUGAGUUUAGCUUGGGAAAGAGUCAGAUAUUCGGAAAUUAGUUAUUUAGUUCAAUGGAGAUAUGAAGAACAUGCUGGAGCUUGGCAAUAUUGCAGAAAUCAAAGUUGGGGUUCGAGUAAUGUUUUACUCGUUGAAAAUUUACAACCUUAUACGAAAUACAGGUUUCGGGUUGCUCUUCUUCUAUCGCAUCAUAGUGAACCUAUUGUAUCCGAACCUAGUGUCGUAAUAAGUACGUUACCAGCAGGCGUACCUUCUUCUCCACCGAUUAUUAUUAGAGUGACAGCAGUUGAUUCUAAAAGGAUUUCCAUUUCUUGGAAACCAGGACCGUUUCCAAACGGUCCAAUACAUUCGUAUAUUUUAGAGCUUGUUGGAGAAUUUACGGCUCUUAAGGAGGAUAUUCAAGCCACUAAAACGACAGAUUUUUACAUGUUUCAAAAUUUAAAUGCCAACAGUAAAUAUAUUGUAUCGAUAUCAAUGCGAAAUGCUGUUGGAGAGGGUCCAGCAGCAACAGCUGAAAUAUCAACACCUCCUGAAGUUUCAGUUAAGGACGCACUACAACCUAUUUUAAUCCUUGGUUCUGAUUAUCGGGUUAUUAAACAAGGUGCAGAUAUGAUGCUUGAUGUUCCUGGAGUCAUAUACAAAACAUCAAAUUUAAUCACUGGUAUAGCCAUCCACGUAAAUAAAAACCUUCUUUUCGUAUCUGAUUCUGAUGGUUACGUAUCGGUGGCAACCUUAAAAGAAUAUUCGAAACCUAAACAUUUGUUAACUCCUGUUGACAUAAUUUUCAAACCGUACGAUUUAUCAGUUGAUUGGCUCAAUCAACAUCUAUACAUACUGGGAGAAGUAAAUCAUAAUAAAGCAAGUUUGUGGCAAAUAGCUAGGUCUUCGCUAAGUGGUAGUGGUCUAACGGUAGCUGUGGCAGGUAUCACCAGUAAGCCACUGCACAUUGAAGUUGAUCCUUACAACGGAUAUCUAUUUUGGCUCAUUCAGGGUCACAACCGUGGGGGUCUUUAUCGUUUAGAUUUAGCCAAUAUUAGUAACGGUAUUAAACAUGAAGUGAUUCCCGAUCUCAUUUUAGAAGAUCCAAAUUUAGGAGCUUUUGUUGUUGACCAUGUAAACUUUUGCAUAUUGGUACCGAACCAUCUUAAAAAUACCGUUUAUUCAGUUUCGUUGGACGGGAGAGAAGUUGCCGAUUUGAGAUCAAACACCCAACAACCACUUUUUCAAAACGUUUUGUCUUUAGCAUUCGCCAACGGUUUAUUUUAUUGGACUAAUGGCGAAGAAGUUUUAACUGAAGAUUAUCACGAAGAAUAUCACACGUAUUUUCACAAUCACUACCUCGGAUCUAAAAAUCGAUCGUAUAUCGGUGUUUACAUAGAUCUUCCAUCUUCGCAACCUAUUCCGAUUCCAGUAAAUCCUCCGAUUCAUGUUCAAGCGGUGUUAGGCGGCCAUGUUGCGAAAAUUUCUUGGCAACCUCCUCACGUGGUCGGAGGACAAGGAAAAGGAGCGUGGCAAAAUUGGUCGUACGAGCUACAGAUUAAAAACGAAAAAACCGGAGAAAUCAGAACGGAGAGAGAUAUAAACAAUUCGACUUUUUACACAAUCGACGGACUUGAAGAAAAUACAGAAUACGUUAUAAAAUUAGCCGCUUACACCUCAUCCGGAAAUGGUCCUUGGUCAAGCGGAUUUCAUGGGAAAACAUUAAAAACACCUCCUAAUGGACAAUAUCCAACAAUUUUAUGGUCGGCUGCGGAAGGUUUACUCGAAUCUGAUGUCACUGGCGAAGAAGUUGAAACUCUUAUAUCUCACGAAAAUCUUAAGAAUAACAAUGGGGACUAUCAUUUUGUGGAUAUCUGCUGGUAUCGUGAUAUAUUAUAUUUAGUUACAAAUACCACCAAAGUUUAUUGGUAUAAUAUGACAAGUCACGAAUACGGUCAUUUACAUAAUUUAGAUUCCGUUGGAAGUAUAGCUAUUGAUUGGUUAGGAAAAAAAUUAUAUUGGUCGAAUCCUAAACAACAAUUGAUUAUACGUGGAGAUCUUUCUGGAUUUUCACCUGAGCCAUUAUUGAUAUUAACAAUAGCUAAAGAAUUAAAUAUAGAUUCGGAAAAUGCUUUUAUUUAUUGGUCGACCGGACAUACGGUUGAAUGUGCCAGAUUGAAUGGUGAUGGUAGGAGAGUGUAUUAUCCAGCAGAAUUGUUUUCCGGUAAACAAGUUAUGGGCCUAACGCUUAAUUUGGAUGACAGACAUGUUUAUUGGGUUGUGAGAAGCAAUGAAGGAUCAAAUUUAUACAAAGCACCCAUGGCUCGUUCGAAUGGAAUAAAUGAACAAGAUUUACAACCCUUGAAAAUUUCUGGUUUGAAGCAUCCCAACAUGCAGGGACCACUUUGUUAUUUUAGUGAUCAUUUACUUUGGCUUCAAGAUAAUAAGAAAGCUGUAAUUGGAGAUCUUACGGGUCAAAAUGCUGCCAUUAUUAGCGGUAUGAGCUUACUCGGUUUGAACAUGGUCGCCGUUAUGGAUCACAAUUUACCCGUAUUACAAGAUGAUGAGAUACAAGUGAUUCCUGAACCAGUGGAUUCCAUCUCGAUUCGUAUAAUAGGUACGUCCUCAGCUUUUAACAUAACGUGGAAUCCGGUUACCAACGUGAAUUUCGGACAAGUUUUUUACGAUAUAAAAACCGAAGAUAAUUCUAAGGAGAGUAUCGUUAAAGUCGCAGAAAAUUAUCUUGUUUACGACAGAGCAAAAGAACUGCCUCCGUAUUCCGAGUUAAGGGUUACCAUUCAAGCUUUCAGUUAUUGGGGAUCAAGUUCGCAAGUUAUUAGAAAAAUUAGAUCUCCACCAUCUUUACCGAGUUCACCGACGAAUCUUAGAAUUUUUAUAUCUCACCGACUAAAUAUAGAUACGAGAGAAAAAAAAGUUACUGCAUUGCUUCGAUGGGAUGCUCCGGAACAACCAAACGGUCUAAUAACUACUUACAAAAUAAAAUAUUUUUAUACCGGCGAGAACAGCGAACGGGUGUUUCAUGUUUACGCAAAACCUGAUAAAUUAGAAUUAGAAUUAGAUAAUCUUUAUUUCAACGUAACAUAUUUUUUUCAAGUCAAAGCUUUCACCUUAGCCGGAGAAGGAAAAUAUUCAAAACCUGUUCAAGCGAAUACAAAUUUAGAAACUCCUCUUCCCUUACUUUUAGUCACAACAAAAGAUUCGGUAAAAAUAAUUGAUUGCGAUAGUAAAAGUACUUUGUUAUUAUCCAGCGGUGAUCGUCCAAAUGACAUAACUUUCAACAGUAACGAAGGUUUGGUUUAUUGGUUAAAUGAUAUGCAAGAAAUAUUUGGAAUGAAAAUUGAUGGAACAAAAAAAUCAAAGAUUCAUAUACUCAAUGGAACUGGUCUUAGUUUAACGAUUGAUUGGAUCGGAAGAUUUCUUUACUGGUCGGAAUUGGAAAAUAAAGAUGGAACCUUUUUAACAUCAAGCAUAUUUCGUUUGGAUUUAACUCAGCUUGAAAGUGGAAUUUUUCACGUUGAUAGAAUAGUUAAAAGAACCGGACAAAUUAUUGAAAUCGAAGUGUUGCCAUUUAAUAACUUAUUAUAUUGGAUUGAGGUUAAUCAAGAUGGAGGAGGACAUCUUAUGCAAAGUCGAACUGACGGUUCUAAUUUGAGUCCGUUAUUUUCAAUGCCUGAUGAAAAAAAUGAAAACGAGUGUACCUGUACCGAAAAUCCAAUAAUUGGAAGAGUUCUUUCCGUUGAUCAAACAGAUCCGUUUAAUGUUGCUAUUAUUUAUAGCAACGAAUGGCAAGAUUAUAUUUAUCAAACGGAACCCAACGGUUGUGACUGUAGACUCAUGGUUCAUUCUUCAAAAUUAUCACCGACGUCUUUAACAACGGAUCAUAAGUACUUGUACUGGUCUAACGAAACAGAAGAUUCUGUAUUCAUUUACAAGCAAAAUUCAAUAGAAACGUUUACACUUGAAGGAGUUAAAAAAAUUAUGGCUGUCGGUUCCCACCUCCAACCUUUCCCCCCCGUCAAUUGUUUAAUGGCCCAACAAGUAGCUCCGAUACCAAUUCUUUUAGAUAAUUCCGUAAGUUCGAUAACGCUACAACUUCCACAACCAGAAAGAAAUAUUGAAUGCAAAAAUAUAUCAUUACCAUCUGUGCAAUACAUAAUUUAUUUCGAUUCCAUUACCGAAGAUGGAAUAUCCGAAUGCAACGAAGACAUUCUCAAAUGCAAAUCGGUGAUGACGUAUCAACGUAUUGUUAAAAUCAACGAUUUAGAACCAUUUUCAACAUAUGUUUUUAUGAUAUCCUUACGAAAUUAUUUCAAUUUUUUAAAAGAACCUAUAACGGGUCCUCCAAUUAUAUACUCUACACUCGCCGGAGCACCAUCCUCUCCUCAAAAUGUGAGUGCCAAGGUUUUAACGCCAAAUACUGUCGAAGUCAAUUGGUUGCUGUCACCGAACAAAUCAAUCGACAAAACCGUUUCUUAUCAAGUUCAUUGGCGAACUGAAGGUAUUGUUGCCGGAGUGAGGCAAAGUGGUGAACAAAUAGUUGAAAAAACAGAUCGUUUUAAUAAUUCUUCAUUUAGUAUUAUAAUAAAAAAAUUAAUACCUGGCCAAACAUACUUAAUUUGGGUGAGAGCUUAUUCGAAAUACAGUUCCAUGUACAGUGAAAGUGAAAAAGUCGAAGUAAAAACAUUUAAAAAACCCAACAACAUAACAUUGGAGAGAGCAAGUUCGUACAGUUUGGAAAUAUCGUGGAUACCACCGAAAGAACACGUUCAACAAUACGAAAUUCAAUAUCAGGUUUUUUCAAGUCCUACCACCGCGGAAUGGAAAAAUAUUUCUCCGAAUUACGACAAUGUUUACUCCAUUGAAAAUUUAUCACCUAAAACCUUAUAUCGAUUUAGAGCCAAAAUAAUUUAUUUCAAAUCUAAAGAACCCUACGUUUGGCCGCAAGAAAGAGGAUUCGUUUUCGAAACUUUGGGUGAUAGACCAAGUCGUCCCGGUACUCCAGUCAUUCAACAACUUCGAAAAGACGUAUAUCAAGUCCUGUGGGAAAAAUCACGGGAUAACGGAGCUUCCAUCGAUUAUUACGCUUUGGAAGGCCUCAUUAAAAAAACAUGGAGACGUAAACGAGAAACUAAUUAUUCAAAUUUAAUCGGAGCUUCGGAAAAUGCAUUCUUAGAAGAAUGGAAUCUUUAUUACAACGGCUCAGAAAAUUAUUGGAUAAUCAAUGAAUUAAGUCCGAGUAUGAAAUAUAUAUUUCGCGUUAAAGCUAAAAAUUUAUUCGGUUGGAGCGAUUUUAGUGAAACGAGUAAAUCAUUUGAUUUUACCGAAGCCGCCAUGUUGGCCGAUCAAGAAGAAUUAGGUUUAGUUUUGGGGACGACACUUCCCGCAUUACUUUUCUGUUGUAUCGUCGUGAUUGUUAUAUUUUGUUGUGUUUCGAAAAUGCGUGAAAAAGAAAAAAAAGAACUUCAAAUAAUUACACUGAAUACAAAUAAUAGAUUGGGACAAACGGAUGUUGAAUUGGCGACACUUCGAGAAUUACCAAGAAGAGGUAAUUUUAUUCACAAUGCGAAUAUUUUAUACGAUCCGUCCAUGGGACCGCCGAUAAGUGAAGAAAUUUCUCUUUUACCCCACAUUCGUCGAGAUCAAUUUAAAUUAACGAAAUUUUUGGGGAGUGGAGCUUUUGGAGAAGUUUACGAGGGUACAGCACAAGGAUUACCCACGACAUCAACGGAUACAAGAGUUGCCAUUAAAGCAUUGAGAAAAGGUGCUACGGAACAAGAAAAAUCAGAAUUUUUAAAAGAAGCACAAUUAAUGAGUCAUUUUAAACACGAACAUAUUUUACAACUUUUGGGAGUCUGCCUGGAUAACGAUCCUAAUUAUAUUUUAAUGGAAUUAAUGGAAGGAGGAGAUUUACUAAGUUAUCUUCGCACAAGCAGACCAUUAGUUAACACUCCAAAUUCAAUAAAAUUAAAAGAUUUGCUUGAGAUAUGCGUUGAUGUAACAAAAGGAUGUAAAUAUUUAGAAGAAAUGCAUUUCGUACACAGAGAUUUAGCUUGUAGAAAUUGUUUAGUUUCAUCAACGGAUCCCAAUUUAAGGAUAGUUAAAAUAGGCGAUUUCGGUUUAGCGAGAGAUAUUUAUAAAAAUGAUUAUUAUCGAAAAGAAGGCGAAGGUUUACUACCCGUCAGAUGGAUGGCUCCGGAAUCAUUAGUAGAUGGAGUUUUCACUUCUCAAUCUGAUGUUUGGGCUUUUGGUGUUCUCAUAUGGGAAAUAAUGACGUUGGGUCAACAACCCUAUCCUGCAAGGACAAAUUUAGAAGUUUUACAUUAUGUCAGAGCAGGAGGAAGAUUAGAGAGGCCGAGUAACUGUCCCGAAGAAUUGCAUCAAUUGAUGAUAAAAUGUUGGAGUUUUAAUCCGGAAAAUAGGCCAACUUUUAAACAUUGUCUAGAAGCUCUAACGAGAUUAAAAGAAUUAACGGAUAAUUUUACUCUUAUAACGGAUACAUGCGUUAUUAAUCCCACGGAUGCAACAUCGGGAGAGAAUUGUGACGUAAGAAACGAUGAGAGUCGAGAUGGAGAUGUUAAAGAAAUAUACGAAUCGCAUAAAUCAAAUUCUGGUACAGGAACCGAACCUCACAGGUAUCUUGAAUUAAUUUACGAGAAAGAGGCACAAGAUGUAGACGGAUAUGAAAUUCCAAGGUUUUCCGGUCAUAAUAAUAAAUUAAAUAAAAUGAGGACGUUUUCAACGAUAGAUAAUUCGCGGGUCGUUGACGAUUUAGCCAACAUUACAACGCGAACCGUACGGAAAGGAUAA